CCAAACACCCCUUUCCGGGAAUCAUGGCCCCGAGAGAGUUCAGCCGGCGCCCAGAAGAACCGGGGGGAAUCAUUGCCAACGCUGUGUGGAUGUCGGCCGGAGCAAGACAAAGCGACCGGCGUGACGGUCAGGCUGCGGGUGUCGGUGCCUUAGUGGUCAAGUGUUUCUUUUGUGCCAGACGAAUCGGCUGGACGGGGCCCUCGCCCCUGGCUCAUGCCGUCGUGUUCGUGCUUCAGGGCUUUGUGCUCAUGCAUCUUUCUUUUUUUUUCUUCUUUUUUUGCUCGCUGGUCUCGAGAACGCACCAUUGCCUUUGGCCACGGACACCGCCGCGCUUGCAGUUCAUUGGGGACUUUGUUAACUAGAUCUGCAUGCAGUUCAUCAUCUUGUUUUGAUCCGGACUGUCACCGUGGCGUGUGAAUGUGAUUAUGCCAAAGUGACCACGCGCCCGGCCGGCAAUCCAGCAGGCAGCCUUUCAAACCACACCACCAUCAUCGUCUUCCCUCCCUGCUCUCCGCCGUUGCUUUGCAGCCAAGCCUCGUCUCGGGCGCCGCGCGCCUCAUUCUCCUCCUCGCGACAAAGCAAGGAAUCCGGGGGCAAAGGCAACGGUCAUCAGGAUAGGUUAGUAGCUACGGAGUAGGUUACAGCAAAAGCUAUCACGGCGAUCCCAAAACCACAACCCACGAACCGGACGCGUGCACGCACGCACAAACCUCUCCCUCCCCGUGCGCAAUGGCCGGCGUAGCUGCCCCAGCUCCCACGCAACAAACCAGCCAUGUCUCGCGGGCGAUCCCUCUUGGUCUCGUCCCCGUGGCCGUGCUGCUCGCCGCCGCCGUCGGGCUCCUCGCGCUGCUGCCGUCGCUGGCCCAGGCGGUGUGGGAGGUGCCCCAGCUGUUCCUCCUCGGCCUCGUCAUCUCCUACGGCGUCUUCGCCCAGAGGAACGCCGACGCCGACGGCAAUGCCGCCAAGGAGCGCUCGCUGGCGUGGAACUCGCGGUACCACCCCGACGGCCCCCUCGUCGUGGUCGCAGAUCACGCGGCGGCGCCGAGCGACGACGACGAGGACGGCCAGCACGGCGCGCGGGAGAGGCCGCUUUCCCUGCCGGUGCGGAGGCUGAAGUCUGCGGCGGCGCAAGAGUCCGAAACCGGCGGCGACGCCGGUGACGCCUUCGGUGAAGAGACGGACAGCUGCGCGUCGUCGUCGGGGUUCUGGGCUGGCGCGCGCGCCGUCCCUUCGCCGCCCUCUGUUCUCGACGCCGACCUGGGCCUUUCCCCAUGCUCACAGCCAGAGUCGUCACGGCCCUUCUUUGUCCACGGUGCCAACAAGUCCCACGGGUUCGACGCCGCGACGCUGUCCACCAUGUCGAGGGUGCCCCACGACCAGCCGUGGAGCGACGACGGCGAGGGCACCGACUGGGAGGAGGACGCCGAAGGGUCGGACGAGAUGACCACGUCGUCAGAGAGGUCGGUCCGCGGCGACCUCGCUGCUGCCGCCUGCGUCUAUGACCACAGCGAAGGCGACGGUGACGGCGACACGUCGGUGGACGAAGAGCUUCUCGAGCUGGCGGCGAAGGCGGAGCCGGACGGGGAGGAGGAGGUGGACAGGAAGGCCGACGAGUUCAUCGCCAAGUUCAGGGAGCAGAUCAGGCUGCAGAGACAUUAGCCGGCCAAGGCAUGCAUUGCUUGGUUCAGUUGGUUGUUGGAUCCAUACAUACAUGCUCUGCCAAGUGCCGAGCACCCAUGCAUACAUCACAUACAUGCAUGGCAUUAUGAAUGGCGGGUGCGGUAGUUGUAUUUUGUCCAUCCGUUCAUAUUCGUCUGGAACAUCAUGUUUCAUGUAUCAUUUUACUUGUUUUUUGGGCGGUGCUUCGAUGCAACUACAGGAGCCGGAGACACACGGGUGUAUAUGAAUGGAAAUAAACAGCGUUCUUUUCAGCGCCAUUUGAGCA